CGGAAGUGAGCCUUGCGGGCUGUGGGCAGGAAAUGCCUGGCAAAGCGAGAGCAAGCGUGAUCGGCGCUUCUCCGGUGAAGUUGUCGGCGCACUUGCACGAAAAUGCGCCUCGGUUGACGUCGCCGCCGUCGUCAGCGUCCAGGGAGCGGCCACCACUCUCGCCCGUGGCCGGGCUUGUGUCACCCGCACGCUCGCUGUGAUUCCGCCCGAGGCAGGCAGGCAGGCAGGCAGGCAGCCUUCCCGGCCUGCUCGCCCAACACCCACACCCAAAAAAAAGGAGGUAUUUCGCUAUUUUUCCUCUGUUGUUUUGUUUUUCCCUCCCCCCACUCGCCGGCCAUGAGGGAAUACAAAGUGGUUGUUUUGGGCUCGGGCGGAGUCGGUAAAUCGGCUCUCACGGUUCAGUUCGUGACGGGCUCCUUCAUCGAGAAGUACGACCCCACCAUCGAGGACUUCUACCGGAAGGAGAUCGAGGUGGACUCGUCCCCGUCCGUGCUGGAGAUCCUGGACACGGCCGGCACCGAGCAGUUCGCCUCCAUGCGGGAUCUGUACAUCAAGAACGGGCAGGGCUUCAUCCUGGUCUACAGUCUGGUCAACCAGCAGAGCUUCCAGGACAUCAAGCCUAUGAGGGACCAGAUCAUCCGGGUGAAGAGGUACGAGAGGGUGCCCAUGAUCCUGGUGGGCAACAAGGUGGACCUGGAGGCCGAGAGAGAGGUGUCCUCCGGGGAAGGCAAGGCCCUGGCCCAGGACUGGAACUGCCCCUUCAUGGAAACCUCGGCCAAAAACAAAGCCUCCGUGGAUGAACUGUUUGCAGAAAUUGUCAGACAGAUGAACUACUCAACUGUUCCGGCUGGAGGUGACCAGUGUUGUUCUUGUGUUCUGCUCUAAAAACAAACCACACACAAUCGCAUAGUUGUGCUUUUUGAGAUCAUGCCUUUUUACUUUUGAAGUAUCUCUACUCACACUGUUGUCUUAUAGUUUCGCACAAGUUGACAACAAUGGGCGAUGUAUAAUAGUUUGGGUUGCAAAGGGGUGAGGGGUAAUUGGAAACUUUUCAUGAGAACGAAGUAGGAAUUGAAGGUAAUUUCAUCAAAUAGAAACGUUUUGUUUUGUCGUACAGCCUUUCAAAACAAACUGUUCUCCUUGCCCACACGGGAGAGCAUUACCCUGCCGUGAUUGCGCUUUAAAAUUGGGGCAUAAAAUUGACAAACUCUCAAGCUUUUACUCGUAAAAACUUGCAAGUUGGGGGUGGGGAUUGUAAUUUAAGGUAGUCCUUGUACUUGUUUGAAAUCUGGUUGUUUUAGACAGAAUUAUGCUAAAAUAUGUUUUCCCCAACUACAGUGGAGCUCCCGUGAUUGGGCUCGCUCCCUGUCCUGUGCAAAUAGUGAAAAUCUGCAAAUAAUUGACGCUCACAUGUAACUGCCAUUUAAAAUAAAUAUAUAUAUAUAUAUAUAUAUAUAUAUAUAUACAUAAUAAUUUGAAUUUGUGAAUGGUAAACUGCAAAUAUGUUAAUUCCUAUGGAAAGUUUCCAGGUUAAAAAAAUUCCCAGAAUUUUGCAACCCUAAUAAUAGUCUGGAAAUGUGUUUACAUAACAAAGUACUUGAAUGUUUUUGGGACUUUCUCUUUUUUCCAAAUAUAGCUUUCUUUGUAUAUUAUGACACUUCUCUGGAAACGUGCCUCAGUGGGAAUGUCUUUUUGUGAAACCUAAGAGACAUGCUUUUUUUUCCUUCUUCUUCUUAUGUACUGUUUUAAUAAUCUCUUGUGCUCAGUGGUGGAGUCAGUGUUAUGUCAGUCACUUUUAAGAUAUUUUUGGGGGUGUGAAAGUCCGUAAAAGCAUUGGUUACUGGCCUAGGGAUGGGCAUUUUGACAAUGGGGAACAUUUUGUUUCUUUUUAGAAAUUUUUUAUAUUAUUAUUAUUAGAAGUGUCGGCAUGGUGGACAGCUGGUUAGCACAUCUGCCUCACAGUUCUGAGGACCCGGGUCGAAUCCGGCUUCAUCUGUGUGGAGUUUGCCUGUUCUCCCUGUGCCUGCGUGGGUUUUCUCCGGGUACUCCGGUUUCCACCCACAUCCCCUAAACAUGCAUAGUAGGUCAAUUGAAAACUAAAUUUCCUGUUGGUGUGAAUGAUUGUUAUAUAUGCCCUGAUAUUGCCUGGCAACCAGGUCAGGGUGUACUCCGCCUCUCACCUAAAGUUAGUUGGGAUAGGCUCCAGCGCGCCUGCGAGCCUCGUGAGGAUAAGCGGAAUGGAAGGAUAUUAGAGGUUAGAAAAUGCAAAGACAUUUUUUUAUUUUUUUCCCCACCUUGUACAUACCUUUUUAUGUCAAGAAUAACCCCUUUCUAGCUUUUGGUUUAACAAGUAAACAAAACCAUAUUCUUCUUCAGGGUUGCAAACUAGUUGAGACUGAAUCAACAGCGCCUCAGCUGAUUGCUCUCGAGUACUGCACUUAAUUUUGCUCCAAGGUGCGAUUCGUCGAGCGUUGAAAAGUGGUUAGCAUGUCUGCCUUCAAGUUCUGGGGUUCGAAUCUCGGCUCCAGGCCUUCCUGUGCGGACUUUCCAUGUUCUACAGCUUCCUCCCACAUUCAACAAACAUGAAUGUUAGAUUCAUCGAAGUCCAAAUACUGCAUUUCUGGGUUUGGAACGGCGUGUUGUCCAGCUUCCUUGCUAUGUCAGGUAAAUUGAAGACUCAAAUUGUCCAUAGGUGAAAAUGUGAGUAUGCAUGGCUGUUUGUUUCUUUGUGCCCUGUGAUUGGCUGACAACCAGUCCAAGGUGUACUCCACCUUUUGCCCAUAGUCAGCUGGGAUAGGCUGAUGGACGUGAUUAGUCAGCAAUCAAUUCCACACUUCUUUUUUUUUUUUAUCAAGUUAAUUUAUGGAUUAUUAUGCCCAUCCCUAGAAUGAAACUUCUCCAUAUAUAUAUAUAUAUAUAUAUAUAUAUAUAUAUAUAUAUUUUUUUUUUUUUUUUUCAACCUUUCCCCCCCUCCCCCAUUUUCCAAGGUGUUGGAAGUGUAUUAAUGAUGGAACUUGGACUUUGUGCACAAGGACCUUUAGUGCGUUGCUGUCGCUGCAUGGGGUCACGUCACGAUGACCCCAUGUCAAGUGCCUUCCCUGCGACUGUGCCAAGUGACGAGCCCUCCUUCCUCUGCAGUGCGUCUCCAUGGCAAUCAGAACUUUUAUUUUUUAUUUUUAGCAAUUACCUAGUUUUCCCAAUCAGGCCCAAUGUUGAGGUACUGCAGUGAAGAAGCCAUGUGUGAUGGUGUUCAGUUGUUUUGUUUUUCCUUGAAGAUGUGAUGAGAACUUUUUAUUGUGAUGUUUCUAACUUUGGACAAAAAUCUGUGAUUUUCCUUGUCAGUUUUGAGAGCCUUGUAAUACAAAAAAAAAGCAUUUUAUGUA